AUGACCACCGCAUUCUCGCUGCGCGCUGCGGCCCCGGCCACCGCCCCCUGCGCCGGCGUCCGAUCCACCUCCGCGGCGAGGGUCGUGCCCGUGUCGGCGGCGCCGGCGGGACGCGGAAGGAUGGUGGCGCGUGCAGCGGUUGCAGCAAAGGCGGAUGCGCCAUCGAGCGCCGUGGCCGGCAAGUCUGACGGUCAUGAGGUCUUGCUGUUUGAAGCUCUUCGUGAGGCCUUAAUAGAAGAGAUGAAGUUAGAUCCAACAGUGUGCGUGUUUGGUGAAGAUGUUGGUCAUUAUGGUGGUUCUUACAAGGUGACAAAAGGUUUGGCUGAUAUGUUUGGAGACCUUCGAGUUCUGGACACCCCUAUUGCAGAGAACUCAUUUACUGGCAUGGGAGUUGGAGCGGGAAUGAAAGGGCUGAGGCCUGUUGUUGAAGGCAUGAACAUGGGAUUCCUCCUCCUUGCUUACAACCAGAUCUCAAACAACUGCGGCAUGCUUCAUUACACUUCUGGUGGCCAGUUUAAAAUCCCAGUUGUGAUCCGUGGCCCUGGUGGUGUCGGUCGUCAACUUGGAGCAGAGCACUCACAACGCCUGGAAUCGUAUUUCCAGUCGAUUCCAGGCCUGCAGAUGGUUGCUUGCUCAACUCCUUACAAUGCUAAAGGCCUAAUGAAAGCUGCCAUCAGGAGUGAGAACCCUGUGGUGCUGUUUGAGCACGUCCUUCUGUACAACUUGAAGGAGAAAAUUCCGGACGAGGAAUACGUGCUCUGCUUGGAGGAGGCCGAGAUGGUGCGGCCUGGGGUGCAUGUGACUAUACUCACAUACUCGCGUAUGAGGUACCACGUGAUGCAGGCAGCCAAGACUCUGGUGAACAAAGGGUACGAUCCCGAGGUCAUCGACAUCAGGUCGUUGAAGCCGUUUGAUCUGCACACUAUUGGCAACUCCAUCAAGAAGACCCACCGCGUGCUGAUUGUGGAGGAGUGCAUGCGUACGGGUGGGAUCGGCGCCAGCCUGAGGUCGGCCAUCAUCGACAACUUCUGGGACUACCUUGACGCCCCCAUUAUGUGCUUGUCAUCUCAGGAUGUGCCUACGCCAUAUGCUGCGACUUUGGAGGAUGCAACCGUUGUGCAGCCUGCCCAGAUUGUGGCUGCGGUCGAGCAAAUAUGUCAAUAG